CAUGCGAUCCUCUGCAGUGUAGAGAGAAACUCUGCUGCUGUUUGCUGUUUGGGACUGGGUGACAGAGAUCUUAAAUGGCUGAGGAGGUAUUAAUUCCAUCGUCUGGGAAAAUCACAUCGCAGCUGACUGGCUCUUUGUUGGCAGUGGCAUUCCUUACCUCCUUUGGGAGCUCCAUGCUUUAUGGCUACAAUCUGGCUGUGGUCAACUCUCCUGCUGAGUACAUAAAGGACUUCUACAACAAGACAGUGCUGAGUCGAAAUGGAACAGGACUCAGUGGGCAGACCCUGACCCUCAUGUACUCUCUCACUGUGUCUGUUUUCGCUAUCGGAGGUCUGCUGGGCUCCCUCAUCGUGGGCAUGCUGGUCACUCGCUUCGGCAGAAAAGGCACAGUGAUAAACACAACAGUGCUGGUGUUUAUUGCUGGCUCACUCAUGGGCUUUAGCAGGAUUUGUAAUUCUCCUGAGAUGGUUAUCAUCGGCCGCUUCAUCACAGGAAUCCACUCAGGCAUCUCUUUAAGCGUCGUACCAAUGUACCUGGGAGAGAUAGCGCCUAAGAACCUGCGAGGUUUCCUGGGUCUCGUGCCGAGUAUCUUUAUAGGCACUGGAGUCUUCACUGCCCAAAUCUUCGGCCUACAUGAGCUUCUCGGAAAGGAGGAGCACUGGCCCCUCUUUCUUUCGGUAGUGGUGGUACCCACCUUUAUCCAGUUGAUGCUGUUGCCAUGGUUCCCUGAAAGCCCCAGGUACCUGCUGAUUGAAAAGCACAAUGUCCACGCCACCAUCACAGCCCUGAAGUGGUACAGAGCCAAGUGUAACAUCCAGGCUGAGAUUGAAGAGAUGCAGGAGGAGCAGCGUUCCCUAUCGUCAGUGGCGACGCUGUCAGUGUGGAACUUGCUGCUGGAUGACACAGUCCGUUGGCAGGUCCUCAGUGUUGUGGUCAUCAACAUCGGCAUGCAGCUGUCUGGCAUCGAUGCUAUCUGGUUCUACACCAACGACAUCUUUAAGAAUGCAGACAUCCCAGAACCAGAGAUCCCAUACACCACAGCAGGAACAGGAAUUAUAGAGAUCAUCGCUGGACUCAUUGGGUGUUUCACCAUAGAGAAGCUCGGCAGGAGGCCUCUCAUGAUCGGGGGAUUUGCCAUGAUGGGCGUCUGCAGUGCUGGAAUCACAUUAGCACUAAUAUUACAGGCUCACUUGUCGUUCAUGCGCUACAUCAGUGUCGGCUGUGUGGUCGGCAUCAUCGCUGGCUUCUGCAUCGGUCCAGCGGGGGUUCCCUUCCUAAUCACAGCGGAGCUCUUUAAACAGUCCCACCGCCCAGCGGCCUACAUCGUAGGAGGAUCACUCAACUGGCUGUCCAACUUCACUGUGGGUUUUGUCUUCCCCUUCUUACAGGAGUCAGCGGGGUCUUACUGCUACUUGGUGUUUGCCACCAUUUGUGUGUCUGUGGCCGUAUAUGUCCACAUUGUGAUCCCAGAGACCAAAAACAAGACCUUCAUGGAGAUCAGCCGAAUGUUCUCUAAGAAGGAAGCUGUCUUAGAGACCCAGGGCCUGAUCCACGACCAGCUGAAGUUGAAGAAGAUGAAUGGUUACGGUGGUGUUGAACAUACUUCUCUGGAGUUUGACAGCUCUUCCUCUGUACCUUAACUGACCUCCAGGUUCUCACAGGGACUACGAAACCAUUCAUCGCUUCCUCUGCUCCAUUCCACUGUUUUAAUGUGUACAUAUUAACCAAACACACCUCACCUGGACUCACUUGGAUCACACUCAGGUUCAGAUCUUUGCUGAGUACAGUUCUGGUAUUAAUUUAAUGUUUCAGUCUGUUUGAGCCAUUUAAGGAAAAUUUGGGUGUCAAUUAUGUCACUUUAAUAAUUUUUAUUUUUUUUAUAAUAGCCACCACAUAGCUGUAUCUAUUGUUUGAAUGCCAGAAGUGCUUCAGUUGUAUACAUGAGUAUCCCAAUUCAUAUAUGUCAGGGCACAGACUCAACAAACUUACCAGAGAUUGUCACAGCAGCUUGUGGGAAAUACAUACUGAACACAUACUGAAUUAUGUGUGCAUAAUUCAGUAUGUGUGAUUGAAAUUAACCUUUUGAAAUACAUUUUUUAAUCUUUUGUAUAUUGUGAUAAAAGAAAUGAUCUAUGAAGUGACAAUAUUUAUGCAUGUUUUGACCAUGUCAUCUUUUCAUCGUAGUUCUAUUACUUGUUAAUAUGAGAGUGUGUCAGAGUUCUCUGUAUGAUCUGUGGUGUGCAGUAAAGUGUGCUGAAAUGUUUGUUUUACAUGCAGAUUGUAAUACCGUGUUUUGUGUUCUGUGAUUUAAAGACAACAAAUGUUGUUCAUCCCUCCAGCAGCAGUCUAAAUCAGUGUUAUAACCAGCUCUGAUUAACAUUA